AUGGACAAUCUUAGGAGACUGUUAGAAGACGAAGAAGACGAAGAAUACGAGGAAUUAUUCCAACCGGAACCACAAGACAACUUUACGUCCGAGUCCGACGACGAUGGAUAUGACAGCGUCGGAAACUCGUCGGAACCCGAGGAGAUAAUAGUGGACAAGCGAUUUCCGACGCCGGCGCCACCGCCCCCGUCUUCCAUGCCGUUCAUUCUGAACAACGACGUCGUCGAACCCAUCUUAAACUUAAUGCGAGUACCACGACGACAAGAAGACCUUUACCAACCGUACUCCAGAAAACUGUCCUACGGGUACGAAAAGACGGGCCACUCGCUCAGGAGGGGUAUCAGGAGUUCGGAGCUAGUGGGAGGCCAAGGUGUGUUCAACGGGUACAAGCACCGUCUCAUGCCAAUCAGAAUAAUUGGAUGUUUCAAGAAGCGACGGCAACUUUACUACUUCGUCGAAUGGGAAGGAAGGGAUGGAGCAUUUCCGCUGGAUGCCAGCAUAGUGACCCGUAGAUCUCCCAAUAUGGUGAUAAGAUAUCACCAAGACUUUAUCUAUAAUCCAUCUAGAUUCCGUCAUUUAUAA